CCCGCGGCCGCGGCCUGGGGGCGGGGAGGGACUGCCGGGGCCGGGGCGCGGGGGCCCCCCCCAGAGCGGGCCGGGUCACCCAAGCCGCUGCCGCGCCAGGGCGGCAGGCCUCGGAGGGUCCGACUCCGUUGCCAUGGCGACGACCAGCCCGGGUCUCUCUGGGACUGGCCGGAGCUCAAGUUUCCCGACCCUUUGUCCCUGCGGAGCACGCGCGUCCCCGGGCGACCGCGUGGCUGGCCUGUGGUCACCGGGGCUGUUCGGCCUUCGCUGGUUUAUGAGAGGCUGGGAGCCGGUCGGGAGACUUCAAAGAGGGCUCCGGCAAGCCCCCGGAGCGUCGUGGCCCGGGCCUUUCUCAGGCCGCGCAGCCCGGCCGCAGUGCGGCCGCGGCGGUCCCGGGACGGCGGUGGCGCACCUGAAAGGCCCUAGCUUCCGAUUUGUUCCAAAGUGGAGCACAAAAAGGCCCGAUCAUGGGAACUUCGAAAAGGCCUCUCUUCCCUCUUUUCUAGAAAUUAAGAAAGAGCAGAAGUUGCUGGGCUUCCUCUAGCUGCGGGCCAGGCGCGGGGCGACGGCCGCGGUGGCCGUUGGCGCACGUGGGGCAUUUCGCUUGGAAGGGCGCAGCAGCCUGUGUGGCGUCUGCGGUGGCAG